AAUUAUUGCCUGAUCAAGGGCUCGCCAUGGGAUGGUCGGAAUUUUUGCUGUGCCUAAAGUAAGGCUUACAGACGCGUAUCAAGGGAAGCUUGACAGUCUUCUAGGACCUGUGCAUGUGUAACCUAUGUAACCAAGUAACUUUGACUUGUUGCAAUACUCCAAAUGAGCCCUAUAUCGAACUAGAGAUGCUUCUAACCACUUUGAGCGCGGCGAUGAUCCCGUUAACAUGAAACGACCCCUGGAGUUUCGCCCCGCAGAGACGUAGACGGACUAGGCAACUCGAGACCAGCUUGCCCACGCUGAUUGAUACGAGAGUUCGACCACAAGAGGAUAUGAGGCUUUGAGGACUUGUAUUCGUAGAUGCUUGGUUGACGCGAUAGCGGGAGUAGAAUCAUGAGACUAGUGCAGCGGCUUGUCUUCAUUCUCAGUUGUUCGUUCCUUAUAUGUCUGGGUCUACGGCUUCGAAUGGGAGGAAGCACGCCUGGCAGCCCCGCGCCUCAAUCCUUUCCUCGAGAGAAGGGGGCAACGCAGCAUUCAUUCAGCAAUCUAUCAUGGACUCACGCCCAAUGUGCUGCCGCCUUUCCUAAUCUAUUCAAUGAAAUCGAGGAUGCUGUUUAUCGCGGACCUUUCGCUCUCAAUUGGUCGCGAUUAGGAGAGCCGCUACAGGGACGCAUCAAAGACAAUCAGCUAUACAUCUUAAACUGGCAGAAGAAGGCAUUUCUAUCGCAGCAGAUGCUCAAUGAACGGACAGCAGCUCUGAACCAGCUCUACCGCGCAAUCAUCACUUCUCCGGAGCCCCUGCCAGACACUGUUUUCGCCUUGAAUAUCCAGGAUCGGCCAAUGGCACAGUCAUGGUCAUAUGCGCGUCCAGCAGAUCCUACGGCCACCAAGGCAGGGGACUUUCUCAUGCCACAUUUUGCUUUUUGGGCAUGGCCGAUCAAGCAUAUUGGAUCCAUGGACCGGGCACUGACUGCAAUCGCCGAGAUCGAAGCCAAUCGGACGUUUCAGGCUAAGAUUCCGCAAGCUAUCUGGCGCGGCACACCUUGGUUCAACGAUGUGCAAAACCACGAUCUGCGCAAGCGACUAAUUCAGAUUACCACAGGCAAACCGUGGGCGGACGUACAGUCCUUGAAAUGGGAAACCAACGGCCAGACGGCCAGUAACGGACUGGCCAUUGAGGAUUUUUGUCGGUACAAGUACAUCAUCUACACAGAGGGGGUAACCUACUCUGGACGGCUGCUCUUCCAUCAGGCUUGCCGCUCCAUCAUUCUGACGCCGCCCAUGGCGUGGAUGCUCCAUACCACACACCUCGUGCGACCGGUCUUUUCGAGCACAUUAUUGCAGACAGAACCCAGUUUGGGACCUCCCCAUCAGUCGGAUCGCAUCAAGCGAGCCUGGCCAACUGAUCUUAAUGCCGACAAUGCCAAUCUGGUGAUGGUCUCGCCGGACUGGUCCGACCUCGAGGCUACCAUCGCAUGGUUGGAGAAUCAUCCAACAAUGGCCGGAGGCAUUGCAGAUAGACAGCGUGAGCUGUUCCACAACGGAGGAUAUCAUAGUCCGGCUGCGGAGACAUGCUACUGGAGAGCAUUGAUCAGGGGCUGGAGCAAAGUCGUUGAGCCAGAGGGCAGUGAGUGGAGUGAACACCAGGGCGUCAGAUGGGAGCUUUUUAGUCUUGGGGAAUUCUAAUGCAGGAGGUUGUGAUAGAGUUCCUGACGCCACGAAAUCACCGUGUCAGAGUCUAACUUGUCCACAUCGUCGGUUGGGGGAAGGAAAGAUAGUCCAGGCUAUGCUAACGAUGUGGCAAAUCUCGGCCUACAUUUGUCAAUACACCAACUGCGCU